AGGAAUCCAACGCUUCAGCAUGUGAGUGGUACUUUUCAUAGCAUAUGGUUCAAACCAAGUAGAUGUCAAGCUGUUGUUUUUAGAGAGAAAUUAUAAGAGUUAAACAUAGAGAUGAAUGGCUUGACAGAUUUUGUAUGGUAUAAACAUCCUGCAAAGAGGUUGGAUGAUGAUGACCUUGUGUUAAUUAUUUCUGAUGAGUCAAUUGAAGAUAUGUUCCAACUACUAAUGUUUAAUGGGUAUAUAGAUAUGUAUGUUGAACACGAAUCCCAAAUUCAGAGACAUAUGACAAAAGGUGGGCCCUCCCACGAAAAUAAUGGUUCACUAAAUGAUGCUGUAAUGGUUGGUGAGACAGUGGCAUGUAAUGUAGAUUGUCAUACAUAUAGGGUUGAAGUUGAUUUAGGGGACAAAAAUGCCUUAGGUUCUAUUACCCAAGAAUGCCAAAUAAUUGUAGAACAUAAUAGAAAUUCAGGAGAUGCAGAUGGAAGAAUCGAAGAUGUGGUAAGUGGUGAUGAGUACAUUGAUGUUCCUUGGUUGAUCGACAAUGAGGAUGAGGAGUGGCAAUUUGCAAGGAAUCUAUAUAAGGAUACUCUUAAGUUAUAUGCAGAUAUUGUUGGAAUAGAAGGGGCUUUAGUUGAUCCAAGUGAAGCAUAUGUGGAGGAAGGAGUCAGCGAUUCAAUUGAUUCUGAUGAUGAGGUUAGUUUUGUUACAACUAGUGAUGAUAAUGAGGUAAAAGAAGCAAGAAGAAGGCGUUCACUACACAAGGUGUUUGAUGAAUCAACAAUCAUUCCACAAUUUGAAAUAGGAAUGAUAUUUUUGAGCAAGAAGCAGUUAAAGAUGCAGUUCUUGCACAAUCUAUUUAUAUGCGAAAAGAGACAGUGUGUGAAGAAAAAUGAUAAAAAAAGAGUCAAGGUUGUAUGCGUAGAUAAGAGGUGCAAUUGGGUUUUGCUACUUUCUCUGGAUGGGAGAAUAAGAAGUUGGAUGACAAAGACAUACCGGGAUGAGCAUACUUGCAGUUACAGUUUGAACAAUAGAAGGGUUAGAUCAAGGACUAUAGCUAGACAUUUCAAUAAGACAAGAGGUAUUUCAGCUACUAUAGCAACCCAAAUUAAUAUCCAACAAUCCAUUAAAGAAGAAUUGCAUCUUGAAAUCACAAUGAGUCGAGCUAGAACGGCAAAACAACUUAUUAUCAAAGAGUUUGAAGGUAAUUGUGAGAAGGAAUACAAGAGGUUAUAUGAUUAUAGAUUGGAGCUUUUAAAGAAGAAUCCCAACUCUAUAGUUGCAAUUGAUGCAAGGAGGCCUACACUAGAUUCUAAACCUAUCUUCUUAAGAUUCUAUGUUUGUUUUGCUGCACUGAGGGAAGGAUUUAUAGCUGGUUGUAGACCAAUAAUCGAUCCAGAUGGUGCAUUUCUCAAAGGUCCUUGCAAGGGUCAAUUAUUAGCAGCCAUCAGAAGGGACGCGAAUAAUCAAAUGUAUUCUGUUGCUUGGGCCAUUGUUAAAAGUGAAAGCACAAGCACAUGGACAUGGUUCUUGGAGUAUUUGAAUUCUGAUCUCAAAAUUGGUGAUGGGCAGUAUUUCACCUUUAUAUUUUAUCAGCAAAAGGUUGAAGAGUCAUUGUCAAAUGCUCAAAAUCAAGUUCCCGAAUCUGUCCAACAACCUCAUGCUAUUACUACUGUUGAAGAGUCAUCGACACAUGUUCAAAAUCAAGUUCUUGAACCUGUUCAGCAACUUGCUGCUACUGAUAUUCAAGUUUCAGAAUCUAUCCAACAACAUGCUUUUCCUACUGUUGCUAUUGUUGUUGCUAUUCAAGUUCAAGAAACUGUCCAGCAACUUGCUCUUCAAGUUCCAAUGGAUGUUCAAGUUCCAAAAAAAGUCUCACAAAAUUCUGAUCAACCAAAUUUAAAUGUUGAGCAACCAAUUCAAGUAAUCACUAGGAAAACUGUGAUGGUUCCAAAGAGACUAACUAAAGAGUUUAGGGUGACAUGUAGGUCAAGGGUUAGAGUGCCUAGUGCUGUAGCCGAUGACCCUGGGAUGAACAACUUCCUAAACAUCACUGAGAAUGUUGCUGUGAAGAGAUGUGCGAGAUUAAGGGCCAUAAAACAGUCUAGGUUGGAUCAAAUGGAGACUGCAAAUUGGGGAUCCCUAUUGCAAGCAAUCAGUGAAAGGAGUGAUGGAAAUGCUUGUGAUUGAGGGGUGAUGGGUGAUGACUUCUUUUGUGCAUACUAUGAAAUGGUGCUCUACUUAGCUAAUGAUGUCUAUUUUGGAGUUUUAGUAGUGUUAAUGCUAUCUAUUUAAUGGUUUAUAUACUAUAAAUGAUGCUUUAUAAAAGGGACAAUUAGAGCAUGUAAAUUCCUAUAAUGUGCUGCAUUGUUUUUGUUUUUGUUGUUCUAUUUUUUUAAGUCAUGUCCUAUAUAAGCAAGCAAUAGAGCAAGGUUUACAGA